AUGCCACAGAUACUACAGACGUUACCUAGUUUACGUAAAACGUAUCUUCUCAAGUGCAAUGAAGAGACGCACUGUCACAACAAUGAUCCACUAGUGUGUGGUAGAAGCUUGAUCUGUCCUAAAACAUUGAUAAAACACACAGACAUGGACAGUGGAACGGGCUUUCUUGAAGAGAAAGAUUGCAAAGACAGCCUUACAGACGUACAUUCGGAAAAAAUCAAAGAUGUCAUUCAGAAAAGUUCUGGUGAUGAUAAACACAUAUGUAUAAAUGGAGAAAGUUCAUCUCGAUUCCAAAAUUUUAACAAACAAUACUGCGGUCUUGGUGAAAAUAGUUUUGGAUUUCAAUGUCGACAAUGGUUAGAUACUUCAGAAAAGGAUCUCUUUUUAAACGCUGCAUUCGUCGCUCAAGCAGUGCGAAGAAGAAAACACUCAUUAAAUCGUGAUGAUUUAUGUUUUCAGUGGCUAAAUAUUGCAGAUAGCGAACUCUUUUUAAACACUGCGUGCGCAGCUAAAUCAUCGCGGAGACGACACACACGUUAA